AUGUCUCCUCCGCCUACGUCUGGCAAGAAAGUGGGUCCUCGUGACCUGUUCAACGGUGGUCUGCUGCAGUGCCUUGAGGCUGCGACGCUCGGUAUGCCUUUCGAGGUCUGGAAAACGCGCAUGGGCCGCUACCGUUCUGAGACGACUCUGCAGGCUUUCCGCAAUGUGAUGCGCGAGGGCGGCGGUGUCUCCGCCUUCUGGGCCGGCACGGGGCCCAAGAUGGUUGAGUCAGCGUCCAAGGGCGCUAUCCUUCUCUUCUCUAAGGAGGCCAUCUCGGACUCGCUGCUGUCCGCAGGCAUGAGCCAAAGCGCCACGGGCUUCCUGGCCGGUGCCGGUGGUGGUGUGUGCCAGGUCGUGGUCAUGGGCCCCUGCACCUUCCUGGUCACUGCGGCUGUGACGGGCGACCGCUCUAUCUCCACCACGCAGCGUAUUCAGAAUGUGUACGGCACCCACGGCAUUAAAGGCUUCUACCCUGGCGGUACAGCCAUUGCCUUCCGUCAGGCCACCAACUGGGCCUCGCGUCAGGGCUUCACUGAGAUCGUGCGUGGCAAGUUCAAGGUUUUGUUCCACGGCGACAAGGACGCCAAGCUCACUGUGGCUCAGGAGGCUGGUGCCGGUAUUGUGGGCGGUGGCUUGGCUUGCUGGAACCACCCCUUCGAGGUGGCUCGCAUCCAGAUGCAGAGCGCUGCCGACCGUGGCGAGCCUAAGCAGAACAUGGUGCAAGUCUUCCGUACGGUGGUCAAGGAGCAGGGUUACGGCGGUCUCUUCAAGGGUAUCGUGCCGCGUCUGGGCCUGGGCAUUUGGCAGACGCUCUUCAUGGUCACUGGAGCCAAGCUUGUGCGCCAAGCACUGGAAGACAUGGAGGCCAAGAAGAAGUAG